UGAAGCAACUACCAUCGUCAAUGUUGCUAUCACUCGGUACAAACGAAGUUAUGGUUUGAAUAAUGAAAUGGAUUCUGCUAGGGUCAUUUUUAUGAUAAUAAUAUUACAGAAUGUUCUAGAUUGCCAAGGAAUCAGCAUUAAAGACCAAAUACUACAGCUUUUGCUGCAGCGCAGUAGAAGAGAACAAGAAUCUCCAGAAGAUUUACAAAUCUAUGUAAGAGGUCAAGCUAGUUCAGAAGAAUUUCAGGAACCUUUUCUGAAUAAGGCUACUAGUCAACCAACUUCACAAGAAGGAGAUGAAGAUUUUUCUCGUCCUGUUGAAGAUAUAAUGGAUGACCCGCCUGAUUAUGUUGCAUAUGAUAAACCCGUAGCACGGGUGAUAAAAGACUACUACAAAAUAGAACAAGCUAAUAAAAAUAAAAAAGCCAUUAUCGAAGCUAAACUUGCCAAAGAACGGGAGUUGCCUGAUUUCCCUGAUCCAAACUACCCCCAGGAAGAUGGAGGUGGACCAGUUGAGGACCCCAGCAUGAUUAACAUGUUGGAUCACGCAAAGCCAAAAAGAACACACAUGGAGGCUGACUGUCUAUUUGGACGAAGGGGUUGCUUAAAACGAAAUCGUAGAUAUUCUAGAAAGAGAAACUUCGAAGUUGAAUCUGACGUCGAACUAGUACCCAAAGCCUCGCCACUUACUUUUGGUCACAAAAUCAAAGUACAGCCUGUUGAUAUUUUUGACCAGCCUUCAAAGCUCGGAGAUAAAGUACAUUUAAUAGAAGUAGGACAUGACUAUAAAAUUACUUCCAAAUCUGUAACACCCUUUAAAUUAAUCGAAUUGAAUGAAAACCUAGAGCCAAACGUCGAAGGCCAAUUAGUUGAUAUUACAAAUAAUCAGAGUGCACACGAUUUAAAAAGAAUCGAGAAUGAACUAUUCGGAGAAGAAUUUCAACUGAAACCAAUAAUUUCAAAGAAAGAUAAUGUUACAUUAAAUUUUUUGGAAGAAAUUUUCAGAAACAAUCACUUAUCCAAAACAAAUCAAAAGUUACAAAUGCCAGUAAAAGUUGUUGAAUCUUAUGAAGAAACUACUGUUAAGGAAGACAUUAUAUUGAAUAAAAUGCAGUACUUAAACAAACAACUAUUUGAAACGAAUAGGCCAAAAGCAUUACAGCACAAAAAGGAAAAUUAUGAAUUAAAAAGAAAACCACAACCCUUAAUUCAAAUACAAAAUGCAUUAUACCCUAACUGGAGCCGAAACACAAGCAAUGAACCAACAGCAGCUGUUACACAACAAACAUUAAAAUAUGUAACAGAAGGAAUAUUACCAAUAGAAUUCUCACAGCAAACCGAAGUACCAUUUACUGCUUCCCAGUUCUUCGAUAAAGAACCUCAGCCAGUUCCUGGUCACUUUCAAAAAGACGUCGAACCACUUUCGAGUUUAUUAAAACCAUUAGUUCCAGAAGGAACAAAAAUCAAUAAAGCAGAGCAAAUAAAUCAUCAACUAGCGCUUCUUUCGCCACAAACAUUACAAAAUUCCCAAGGAACUGAGUUUACUGCACCACCUCAAACUCAACUGAAUUAUCAAUUUCAAUCUAUCGAAAAAGGGAGCCCAAUUAUUUCUAAUCUUCCUCAGAACAAUAUCGAACCUAUUUCAAGUUUAAUUGAAGAGACUACUGUUAAUGAAUCCGAUCAAUUAAUGGCUAUUACUGAAGCAAAUAUAAUUCAAUCGUUCGAUAAAGAGAACCAACCUAACCCUGGAUUUAUUCCAAAAGACACAGAACCUAUUUCAAGCUUAUCCCAACCAUUGAAUGCUGGAGAUACUUCAAUUUAUGAACCACAGCAAACAUUACAAAAUUCAGUUGUUACUGAAGCAAAUUUUCCAAUUGAAUCGUUCCAAAAAGAUAACCAACGUAUUCCUGGGAUGCCACAGAAAGACACCGAACCUCUUUCAAGUUUAUUACAACCAAUAGCGACAGACGAAACUUCAAUGCAACAAUCACAGCAACCAAUACAAAAUUCAGAAAGUGUUGUUGACCCUAUGACAAAUUCUCAAUCUGAAUCACAGUUUCAGAAUGUUGUUACUGUAGCAAAUUUUCCAAAUCAAUCGUUCGGAAAAAAUGAGCAAAAUAUUGCUGGAUUUGCAAACAUAUCAAAUCCAUUUCUUACAGGAGAUACUUUAGUUUAUAAAUCACAGCAUACAAAAGACCAACCACAACAAACAGAUCUCAUGAAUAGUAAUGUGGAUGUAACAACUGUUCUUUAUGAAACAUAUUAUUACGAUGAACAUGUUGAAGCUAUAACCAAGAAAUCAAGUGACAAAAUUGACAUAAUGACGCUUUCUUCACAACAGCCAUAUAUUGAACAAAACACUGUAUUGACUUAUUUAUACCAGCCAACUCAAAAUAAAUUAUCACAAGAAAACUUGCCAGAGAGUAAAACUUUUACAAACGAUGCCCAAGGAUCAUCAACGAAUGUCAGCUACAUGCCUCAAACAUUAGAAAACGCAAAAGAUAUUGAAUCCACAACAAUUCUGCCUGAAGUUUUUAUUGACCAAAAAGUAGUUCAUUUACCAAAAUUCCCAUAUGAUCCAUCGAGCAAUUACGAAACAUCUGUAAUUGAAGAUAACCGACCUAAUGAAUCUGUGCCAGUAGCAGAAACUGAAAAUCAACUAGAAUAUACAACGUUUUUUCCAAAAGCAAUGUUAGACAACGAAGAUAGUUUUACUCGUGAAGCAUUUGAUAGAGAAAACCAAGUAAAGCUUGUUAGCCGUCAAGCACAAAACCAAAUUGUAAAUGAAGCACCAUCGCCAGAAAGAGAAAAUAUCUUAAUGGAUGAUCUAAACAAAAACAAGAUGGAAAUGGUACAAAAUCCACUGCAAAACGAGCAAGUAGAGGAAACAUAUCAACAACAAAAUUUUGAAGAAAAGAAAGACGUUGUAGCUUUUGAAAAGAAUAUUGACUAUACGGAUCAAACUUUUAUGUCAAAAGUUUGGCCAGAACCUCAUUUUCAGCAACAGCAAAGCGCCAUCAACGAAGUUCAGCGUCAGGCUAAUUUAACUGCAUUACAAGGUUUUCCUGAGGAUAUAGCAAACAUCCCUCAGAAAACGUCUGAAACGAAUGAUAAUUCUGAAUAUAUGUCAAAAAGGCAAUUUCAUAACGAUAAUGAGGUUGCAGUGCCACAGGCAGCUGAUGGACAAUUUGUACCACCAACCAGCUAUCAACCGUCGUUAAACGAAAAUUCUAUGACCGCUUAUUCUGAUUAUAAUAAACCACAACAACAAUUCCAUAACGAUAAUGAAAUGAUAGCGCCAGAGACAGUUAUUUCGGAAGCUACACCAUCAAUCAGUAAUCAACCAAUGAUUGAUGGAUAUUCUAAGAUCGCUUAUUCUGAAUAUGAGAAGCCACAAAAACAAUUGUAUAACGAUGACAAGAUGAUAGCACCUCAAAGCAUGGUCUCACAAUUUUUACCAUCUACUAGUAAUCAACUAAUCCCUAACGGAAAUUCUAUGACCGUUUAUUCUGAAUAUAAUAAGCCACAACAACUUCGUAACGACAAUCAGAUGAUAGUGCCAGAGACAGUUGUUUCAGAAGUUCCACCAUCAACUAAUAACCAACCAAAUCUCAACGGAAAUUCUAUGACCGCUUAUUCCGAAUAUAAUAAGCCCGAACAACUUCGUAACGAUAAUGAGAUGAUAGCGCCAGAGACCGCUGUUUCAGAAAUUCAACCAUCAACCAAUAAUCAACCAAUCCCCAAUGGAAAUUCUAUGACCACUUAUUCUGAAUAUCUUAAGCCACAACAACAAUUCUAUAACAAGAAUACGAUGAUAGCGCCAGAGACAGUUGUUUCAGAAGUUCCACCAUCAACCAAUAAUCAACCAAUCCCCAACGGAAAUUCUAAGACCGCUUAUUCCGAAUAUAAUAAGCCACAACAACUUCGUAACGAUAAUGAGAUGGUAGCGCCAGAGACAGCUGUUUCAGAAAUUCAACCAUCAACCAGUAAUCAACCAAUCCCCAACGGAAAUUCUAUGACCGCUUAUUCUGAUUAUAAUAAACCACAACAAAUCCAUAAUGAGAUGAUAGCGCAAGAGACAGUUAUUUCAGAAGUUCCACCAUCAAUCAGUAAUCAACCAAUCCCCAACGGAAAUUCUAUGACCACUUAUUCUGAAUAUAAUAAGCCACAACAACUUCGUAACGAUAAUGAGAUGGUAGCGCAUAAUGAGAUGGUAGCGCCAGAAACAGUUGUUUCAGAAGUUCCACCAUCAAUUAGUAAUGAACCAAUCCCCAACGGAAAUUCUAUGACCGCUUAUUCUGAAUAUAAUAAGCCACAACAACUUCAUAACGAUAAUGAGAUGGUAGCGCAUAAUGAGAUGGUAGCGCCAGAGACAGCUGUUUCAGAAAUUCAACCAUCAACCAAUAACCAACCAAUCCCCAACGGAAAUUCUAUGACCGCUUAUUCUGAUAAUAAUAAGCCACAACAACAACUGCAUAACGACAAUGAUGUGAUACCGCCAGAGACAGUGGUUUCAGAAAUUCCACCAUCAAUCAGUAACCAACCAAUAUCUAACGAGCCACAAGAAAAUUUGUAUAACAAUAAUGAAGCAAUAGCGCCGCAGGCAGUCGUGUCACAAUUUGCACCAUUGCCCAAUCGUCAACCAUCGUUUAACGAAAAUUCCAACACCGCUUACUCUGUACAUAAUAAUUCUAAUUCAAAGCAGCAAUUUUUCAACGACAAUAAGAUGAUAGCGCAACAGACGGUUGUUUCACCAUUUGCAUCACCACCCAGUCGUCAACAAUCGUUUAACGGAAAUUCUAACAUCGUUUACUCUGGAUAUAAUAAGCCACAACAGCAAUUCCGUAACGAUAUUGAUGUGCCAGCGCCACAGACAGUUGUUUCACAAUAUGCUCCACCGCCUAGUGAUCAACCAUCAUUUAACGGAAAUUCCAACAUCGAUUAACU